CUUCCUCUCCACUUUACCUUAAAUACUGUCGUCGCGCAACGCACUCUGUUCUGUGAUAAGAAGGUUGCCAGGUACCCGUGUCAGAGCCAUAAUAGUCACGUGAUUAAACGCUUUCACAGCCCAUCUACUUUCCCACAUCUUGCACUAAGAUUCCCCUGUCUCAAGUUCUCCCUACCUCUUAUCCUCAUUGAUAAAUCUUCAAGUCAUUGAACAAUUGUGCAAUUCCAACAUCCCCAAUACAAACCGUAGCCAUGCCCGCCGCAACCCGCACCCUAGAACACGCAGUCCUCCAAGCCCAUCGUGCAAAGGGUGUACGCUAUCCAACCGCACACCAAAAAGACUGCUUCAAAACUUGGUACUCGUAUGCGCUGCGUCAAGGAGAGGCGCAGAAGACGAGUCGCAAUGCUAUUGAGGAGCAUGGGAGGUUGUUGAAGGAGAUUAGGGAGCAGGCGCCGGGUGGUAGGACGUAUCUUUGAUGAGGAAAGAUGGUGGUGAAGUUCUGGUUUUGACUUGGGAGAUACCGCGCGUAGUUUGUGGUGAUUAAGAGGAUGGAAUUGUAUUGUAUGUAGUCUACCCAAUUUGUCUUGGAGAUAUCUUUAAUCGAUGUGUUACUCGCGAUUACUCUAACAACAUGGCUGUUUUUCAACGAAUAGUUAUUCGUUUUAAUUCUAGCGACUUGUAUGACUACACCACGCACAUUAACAACCUGUCACAAUGAGAAGAACGAAAGGUUUAUCCCAG